GCCACGCCUUGAAACCCGAAACCAGGUGGAUGCUCUUACAGACUGCACAGCCACGACAGGUGCAUUGGCAACAACAAUAAGACUGUUUUUGAGUUUGAUCGUCAACCACAGCAAAUAGAUAAAGCUGUUAUGAUGCGAGUGAGGAGAGCAGAGCGGGCGGUGAAGAGCGUGGAACAGGCGGAGGGAGUCGGAGCCCGGGUCAGACGCAGCAUUGGGAGACAGGAACUGAGGAACCUGGACCCCUUCCUGAUGCUGGAUGAGUUCUGUGUCAGGAAGCCUGCAGGGUUUCCUGAUCAUCCUCACAGGGGCUUUGAGACGGUAACCUACCUUCUCCAAGGUGAGUCAGCUCAUGAGGACUUCUGUCGACACUCUGGACGGCUGAAGCCUGGAGACCUGCAGUGGAUGACGGCAGGCCGGGGUGUGGUCCAUGCUGAGAUGCCUGUGUCGGACGAGCCCCUCCACGGAUUGCAGCUGUGGGUCAACCUCCGGGGGCGGGACAAGAUGGUGGAGCCAGCCUAUCAGGAGCUUCGGAGCAGCGAGAUCCCCAGACCUUGCAGGGGCGGAGUCACGGUGGCCGUCAUCUCAGGAGAGGCUCUGGGGGCACAGUCCCCAGUGUACACCAGGACUCCCACCCUCUUCUUGGACUUCACACUGCUGGAAGGAGCUCAUCAUGUUCAGCCAGUCUCUCCAGGGUGGACCGCGUUCAUCUACUCCCUGUCUGGGGUCGUUCACGUGGGUCCUGAGGAGGAGCAGAGCAGGGUGGAGCCGCACCACACGGUGGUGCUUGGAGAGGGGGACUGUGUCAGAGUGGAGAACAAGACUCCGGAGGAGUGCCACUUUGUUCUGAUUGCUGGAGAGCCCAUCAAGGAGCCGGUCGUACAGCAGGGGCCGUUUGUGAUGACGUCAGAGGAGGAGAUCAGGCAGGCUAUCAGAGACUACCAGGAAAACACCAAUGGCUUCGAGAGGGCUAGGGGCUGGAGGUCAAAGAUCAGAGAGGCAGUCUGACUCUCACACGCGCCCCGUGGUGCUUACACUGCAUGUUUCCCCACGCAACAAUAUUUGCAAGUACGAUAUUUGCUUUGCUCGUCAUGUUUGAUGUGAUCCAUGUUACAUUUGUAUAUAUUCACUGAUCAACAUGCCACUGACAAUGUUACUGACAAUGAAAACCACGUUGCUGUAUUACAAAAUAAACUCUAAGUCUAA